AUGUACAUACACAGAAAUACACACGCACAGACAUGUACAUACACACAGACACAUGUACACACAGACACAUGUACGUACAUACACACAAUGUACACACACACAUACUUGUACAUACACGCAGAAAUAUGUACAGAUACACACAUGUACAUACACAUAGACACAUGUACAUGCAUACACAGACACACACAAAAACUCACACACAUGUACACACACACACACCCCUAUAAAAAGUUGCAGUACUUCGUUGUUCACUCACAGAGUCGGGUACUGCACUCUAAGGGGAGGCAGAGAGCACAGCACACUCCUUCCUUUGCUUUCACUGCGCUCAGCUAUUGAGCAGUCUGACGGCUCCCAGUGCCAAUGAGAGAUCUGGCCUGAGCUCAGAGCCUGCUCAGCAAGAUGGCCCUGGGGUACACACUCUCCCCCACCAUAAUUUCCACUCGUUAUUGGCGAGCAGAGUGGAAAUUUCAAGUCCUGUGUAUA